AUGGUUAAUGAGCAGAUCCGUGUUCCAGCUGGCGAGGCUGUUAAUCAGUUAUCCAGUGAAGAUAUUUGCUUGCCGAUAGAAAACAAAAAUUCUCCAAUAAUUUUGGCUUUUACGGAAAUUCUCAAAUCUCCAAAAUUCUUGAAGACCUCUCCCAAGAUAGUUUUUACCAUGUGUUCCGUUGUAAAUGGAGAAAUUAUUCAAGGAAAUGCACUCUUAGAAAUCAUUAGCGCUAUGGAAUCAGCGGCAGAUAAAAUGGACAUGGAGUCAGGAAUUAAAAUAAUACAAACAGCAACUUCUCUGACGAAAUCUCACAUAUUUGAAGUGAAAAUUUUCCAAAGAAUUUUGUCUUUAGUGCUAUCUCUUUCAUCAAACUCGAACGAAUACGUGAUGGCAAACGCACAUGCAGCCUUCGAACAGAUUUUGGAAACGUUUAUUCAAGUUAUUGACGCGCAAACUGACGAAUUAAACAAAAUCAUCAAGUUAGAGAUAAACGAAGCGUUUCACAGUGUUGUACAGUUGAAGGAAGAUAUAACAAUUCACGAAAAAGAAGAAUAUAUUUACAUUAUAAUAAAUGAUUUACUCAAAAUUUCAAAAUCAAAGCCUCCUUCAUGGAUAAACAGUCAUAACUUAUCAAGUAAAAUGGCUUACUCCACGUUAGAAGCGAUAUUUACUCGUUAUUCCAAGACAUUUAUUUCACAUCAGCCUCUUUUGAUGUUAGUUUCACGUGCUAUCGAAGAAUCAUCGUCAAAUACAGUCCCGAUCUCAUUUACGGUCAAUAUUUGCUCUUCUUACAUUGAAACUUUGCCAAAUGACUUUUCAAAACUUUUUUCUUUCCAUUUGUCACAAAUGAAGCAAAGCCACCAGGAACUACUUUACUCUUUACGGUUUUUCAGACACUUUAUUCUCAAAGAUCAGUCAAAUAUUGUCAGAUUUUACCAUUCUGUAGAUAAGACAGGAGAACUGAUCACAGAUUUGAUACACAGCAUGCUAAUGUUGUUUGAAGAACGCGAGGGACAGAUACAAACCCUUCACAUUGGAUUCCAACAAAAUUCAGAUUCAUUAAUCAACACAACGCCAAUAGAUAUCACAUGUUUCAUCAUUAAAUCAUUAUUCCAGACAGCAACGCCUGAUUUAGUAGAUAUAAUUCUCAAGAUUUGGUCAGAUGUUUUAUCAAUUCUCACAAUGGCCUUAAAUCUUGCAGAUCAGAGCUCAUCGUAUAUACUAUUGCAAUCACUGCACUUCUUAAUUGUACUUGCGAAUGAUUUAAAGCUUGACGAUCCACGAGGUUCCGCGAUUUCAACAGUUGUUAACAUUGUUGCAGAGGAAAAGAUGUACAGUGAGCAGCUAAGGAGCACAGCUAUCGAUACUAUAUCAGCAGCGAUAGAAGGCAGCCCUCAGGUAUUCAAUGAUCACUGGUCAAGAAUCAUAAAUGCUUUAUCUAUAUACAAAACAGAGCUCAGCGACCUCUCGUUCUCUCUGCAGUUGUCUCUAGAGAAUAUUAUCGAACUCGAGCUAGCUCUCAUGUACGUAAAGACCACUUGUAGCGGUGAUGAAAGACAAUGGGCACUGGACUUCUCAAUUGCUCUCCUUUUUGUGAACAAAAACCGUUUUAACGAUAUAUGGCUCUCAAUUUCCGAAAACUUCUAUGAUGGUAGAAAUGACACCGCUGAUGGAUUUAUCAAUUUGCUGAAUGAAAUACUAUCCCAGGAAACAGAGAUCUCGCUUUGCCCAACUUUAUACAAUAUUAUGUCCGACAAAACUAUGGCUAGCGACACGAGGAAGAUGUUUAUCAACGCCAUAUACGUGAUUAUAUCAGAGAAAUCCACUUCCAUCAAGAAACAAUGGCCUUGUAUCAUAAAAUCUUUAUCUCCACUUUUCUAUGCGGACAAAUCGGCCGAAUUAGUUGAGAACGCGUUCAGAUGCCUUCAAUUAUUAGUCAGCGAUAUGCUGUUUUACUUAGAAGAAGAGUCACAAGUCAUAACUUACUCAUUAGUUUUCGAUUUUGUAAAACAGGACGCUGAUAUCAACAUAGCAUUGUCAUCUCUUACUUUGCUAUGGAACGCAAGCUCAAAUAUCAAAACAGACGAAACAUGGAAACAUAUUUUUAAUUCAAUCAAGGAUGUAAUAAGAGAUCAGAGGCCGGACAUAUCCCUUGCAGCCGUUAAAACUUUUUUCUCGUUGAUUAUCAGCAAUUCUGUCAAUCUUUCAAAGAAUAUUUUUAAUUAUUUGACAGAUUUGUUCCCAGAAAUCCUUACUUUCAUAUCAGAAAUCGAUGUUGCAUCCCAGCAACUGUUGAUCUACGAGACAGCCCAUUGUAUUAACACUCUAAAGGCUAAUUUCAAGAAAAUUGACGACAAUUAUUGGAAUUUUCUCUUGAAAGCCGAAGAAGAGUUCAUGAUCACGUGCAACAAACAUGACACAACAUGUCAAGGCUUCAUGUUCUACGAGGAAUUCUUUUCUGUGACUUUAUCCGACGAAAUUCACUUCACCUGUUUUGAUUCUCUUGACAAACUAUGCGAAUAUUACCUCGAACACGAGUCCUCGAACUGUGUAAUAUUCGGAAGCUUCGGAAGAUUAAUUCGCAACAUUUUACCGACUCGGAAAUCAGCAGAUAAUGAAGAAAUAAAGCGCUGGGUGACUUUGUCGCACAAUCUGAUAUUCGGACUGCACUGUAAGGACUUCCUUCCGCCUACUGUUCAUAAAACAUUUGAUGCAAUCGACGAAAUCCUUCCGAAUACGAACGAAAACACGGAAACUCUCAUCAAGCAUCUCGUGGAAUGUGCAGCUUACGUUGAAAAUGAGAGAUUAACUGAAGUUUCGCUGGAACAUUUGUUAUUUAUCUGUGGAAACAAGAUAAAGAACGACCAACUUCCAAUGGUUUUUGAUAUAUGUCAGCCGUUGUUUAAAUUGCAGCACUGCUCAACCCUUUUGCUGCAUUUUAUUGACCGAGAUAUUGAUUAUAAAGGUUGCGACAUUGAAUUAUUCUGCCGAUCGUUAAUCGAAAUUGCAGGGACAUCCAACACGCAACUAGCUGAUAGAGCAUGCAUCAAUGUUUUGAAAUUAUUUAAUUUCACAUCUUUAGAAACUAAAAAUAUGUUCAUAGAUGUGAUCAAGGAACGUCUGAAAACCAAUAUAGAGAUUUGGAAGAGGUUUUUAGACCCAAGAAGUUCCGAAUUUGAAAAAGAUGUUGCCGAAAAAAUCACAAAGAAGCUUCUGUACAACAUCGGAGAGCAGAUGAGGAAAUGUUCCGAUGAAGAUGAAAUUAUUGAGUCACUUAUUUUCAUAAGAGACGCAAAAAUUUGCGAAUCUUUUGGACAAUCUCACAUUUUGAUAAUGUUACCUUAUCUUGCUGAUUUGGUUCUUCAUCCGAAUACUGAUGUUCGACUUAAGAUAAGGGAGGUUCUCCUUCGUCUUACUGAAUGA